UAUAGCUCGACACAGCAGGAACAUGACAGUCUGCGUGAAGACUCAAUGCCUACACUAGCUUCCCGAGCCUAUCUCCGUUCCUCUACAAAUCAUCCGUGUUACCUUAAAUCAGAUCUUCACUUGGUGAGGAAAUCCAGCUGGAUAUACUUUUAAUAUUCGAAGAAAAACUUGGGGUCAGACCUUACUCGGCAAAACGACGUGACUGGGAGUGAAGCGAGACUCAGCCUGGCCCAGCGGAGCAGGAAUGGUGCGCAAUGUGGAUGACCUGGAUUUCUGCCUGGCGUCGCACCCGCAGAGCGUGUUGGAGGGGCUGCGGGCGCUGCGCUCCAACCCCAAGCUCUCGGAUGUCACGCUGCUGGUGGGCGGGCGGGAGUUCCCUUGCCACCGCAGCGUGCUGGCGCUCUGCAGCGUCUACUUCCAUGCCAUGUUCAGUGGGGAGUUUGUCGAGAGCAUCUCGGCGAGAGUGGAGCUGAAGGAUAUUGAGCCCGCUGCCAUGGAGAGCCUGAUCGAAUUCGCCUACACAGGCAAGUUGACCAUCAACCAGCAGAAUGUGGAGUCCCUGACCCAGACCUCCAACCUGCUGCAGUUCAGCAGUGUCCAGAAAGUUUGCAGCCGGUACCUCCAGCACCAGAUUGACUCCACCAACUGCCUGGGCAUCUAUGAGCUCGGCGAGAUGUAUGGCUGUCCAGAGGUCACUGCCAAAGCACGGUCCUUCCUCCUAGAAAAUUUUGAGGCUGUGUCCCAAAGUGAGGAGUUCCUCUUGCUGGGCAGCGAGAGGCUGCUGGGCUACCUUGGAGCUGAGUUGCUGCAGAUCCAGGAGGAGCAGUCCCUGGUGCAGGCUCUCCUCCGCUGGAUACGGCAUGAUGAAGCCCAGAGGAGCAGCCUGCUUCCCGAGCUCUUCGAGCUGGUCCACUUGCCCUUGCUGUCAGUGGAGUAUCUGAGAGACCAGCUUUUGCCUGACAAGCUCAUUCAGGAGUGUGAGUCCUGCAGGAAACGGAUAGAGGGAUUUCACAGCAAGACUGAAACAGAGGGGUCUGUUUGGCAAAGACAUGACCCCAGCCUCAAAAAGCUGCAGGAGGUCCUGGUGGUUGUUGGAGGACGGGCAAUGGAUGAUUCUGAUGAUGACCAGAUGCUGUCACAAAACUGUGGUUUUUACAACAUCAAGACAAACCACUGGUCCAUCCUUCCAGACUUCCCGGAUCACUACAAAUGGGGAUUCUCAGUCACAUCCUUGAACAAUGACGUCUAUGUUACUGGGGGUUCCAGAGGCAGCAAGACUGACGCGUGGUCAACAACCCAAUCUUGGAAAUUCCAUUCCAAAGAAGGGGUCUGGAAGCCCAUUGCUCCCAUGUUGAAGCCCAGAACCAACCAUGCUACGACAGCUUUAAAUGGCGAACUUUAUGCCGUCGGAGGUACGACUCUCAAUGUAGUGGAAGUGGAACGAUAUGACCCGUACAAUGAUAGCUGGGCCACAGUUGACCCUAUGGUGAAGUAUGUCACUAACUUCACUGUCACGGGCUGUGUGGGAAAACUCUAUGUGAUUGGUUCGUGCGCAGCCAAGUACAAUGUUCUCACUCUACAGUGUUAUAACCCUGUCACAGAUAACUGGAGUGUUAUUGCCUCUCCAUUCAUUCCCAAGUACCUUUCAGCUCCGUGCUGUGUUUCUGUAGAUGCUGUGAUUUACUUAAUCGGAGACAACACAAAGAAAGUCUAUGCAUACGAUUCCGAGGCCAACAUGUGGCAGAAGGUCCAGUUGCUGCAUAAGCUCCAUGAGAAUGGGGGCAUGGUAGUGAUUGCUGGGAAGAUCUAUGUUACCGGCGGUCACUGGAAAGGGAUGGAAGGAGACUAUAGUGUGGAGUUGGAGGUGUAUGAUUGUGCCAAGGAUGUGUGGACUGUCGAAGGUUCCCUGCCGCGUCCCUGGCUUUAUCAUGGGUCUUGUUCCAUUUUCAUUGACACAUCAAGAUGGACCGAACUGUUCCCGGACAGUAACACCUAGAGAAACCCACUUUAGCUCUUCAUUGUACAUGCACCUGAUUGAGGAGACUGCCUGCACAACAUAGCACAAUGAACAGUUAGUGGAGGAGAGGGGAAUAUAACCCACCAUCCAAAGUGGCUGCAUUUGGUCUUUAUUAGUGGCUUCACCUUCACUAGUCCGAGAGGUUUGUUUUCUAGAAAGUCUCCCCUUGGAGGCCAGGCAUUCACUGAAGCAGCUGGACUGUAGUCACAGAGUCGAGCUCAAAAUCCAAAAUGUCUGCCAUCCAAGAUGAUCAAACUCAUUCUCGAGCUGAGCUUAUUGGAUUUGGUGUCAGUGUUCAGUUAUUACGUGUGAAGGAAAUAAAUUAUUCAAUAUAAGUGGUCCCUUAGCAACCCACAAGCAAUAGCAACAAGAGACCAGGGUCUCUAGAACGUUGACGUUCACUUUGAGCAGUCAGUGACAUCACAUCUCUCCUAAUGAGAAUAGUGCAGAUGGCAUCAAAACUAUUCACUACCACAAUUACCCUAACCUUGAAAAGUGAAGCUGAGCAAAUAAUUAUUAGCAAUAUCUUUUCUUUUAAAUGUAUAUGUUUCAUCUGCAGUAACAUAACCAUGUCCUUGUAGUGCCAACAUGUGAACCUAUAAGAACCCUCCCAACCGCUUCGGCAGCGGAUCCAAGGUCAAGGAUCCACUUUAAAAUGGAAAUCUCCUUCAAAAACCAGCACAAAAGUAAUAGAAAAUUGGGAAAACACUGUGUGAAGUAAUGUGGGCUAUGCCCCCAUUACCUGGUGUGGCCAGAGUUAUGUUAUCUGUCAUAACAUAUUGAACAGGUAUUGAAGGAUCCAAUAGAUAUUUAUGACAGAUGGCUAUUACAUACAGAAGUACCUGUGAAAUUGAGCAGCAUGUUUUUAUUAAUAUCAUGCUUUGUGAUCUGAGUUAGGAUGGAGCAUUUUAUCUUUAUACACUUAGAUCACAAGCAUGGUGUAGUGAUGAUACCAUGACAGUGUCUCUUAAAGGCAUGCUGUAAUACUCACCAUGAAAUAAGGGGGUACAACCCAACGCAGUAAUGUCUUUCUAAGAGGAAAAUGAAAUUAGACUCAUAAAGCACAGAAAUAUCUGCGCUGAUGAGACAUCUCAAUCUAGUCCCAUUUGCCAGCAUUUGGCCCACAUCCCUCUAAACUCUUUCAAUUCAUAUACCCAUCUAGAUACCUUUUAAAUGUUGUAAUUGUGCCAACCUUUAAUAUUUAAUCUGGUAGCUCGAUGCAUUACACGCAGCACCCUCUGCAUGAAAAAGUUGCCCCUUAAAGUUUUAAAUUUUAGAUGUUUAAAUUUUUAAAAAUCUUUCCCCUCUCACUUUAAACCUAUGCCCUCUAAUUUUGGACUCCCCUACCCUGGGAAAAGAACUUUGGCUUUUCACCCUCCCCAUGUCUGUCAGGAUUUUAUAAACCUCUCUAAGGUCAAAAUUGCUUGCCGAUAUUUAAUUGCGAUUAAGACUUGGGAAAGAAAACUUUAUUCUAGCCCCAAAGCAUUACUGUUCUGUCCAUUAAUGUUAGCAACACCAGGCUGUUAUCCUUUACAGUUGAUUCUGUUAUAAUGCCAUAUUUGUGUUCCUGGGCAACACUGCCUUAUAGAAAAUCGUACUAUAGGAACAAUGGAGCUACAGGAAAAGUGAGGUUAGGGGCAGACAACCAAAAAAAAAAUCACUCAAAAUUGCUCAAAAAUCACUCAAAAGCUUAACUCAAAAGAUAGCACAACAUGAAUAAAUGUUUAAUUCAUAUCUAAUUACGAAAUGAAAGUAAGUAACAUUUUACCUUAAAAAAUGUGAAGAUGACUAGAUGGGGGAGGAGGGUGAUGGGGUAGGAGAUUGUACUGUACCUCUCACAGAAUGCACUUCAUAAUGAAGCCUUGUGAAGUGAUCAUGUGAUGUUGGCGCAGGGAGUCUUUCAGCGCUGACGUUGUACAUACUCACGACAAAGCCCAUGAAGCGAUCAUGUGAUGUUGAAGUGCACUCCUCCUUGCACCCAAUGGAAUUGUGUUAUAGCCAACACGAGUUUGCGUUUUAGAAAUAGUGGUUCCCCCCAUUUGUCAGUUGCGUUGCAGCCAGUUUGUGUUGAUGGAACUCACGUUAUUAGCAGAGCUGACCGAACUUCAAAUUGUAAAAACCGAAAAAACUGCGGAUGCUGUAAAUCAGGAACGAAAACAGAAGUUGCUGGAAAAGCUCAGCAGGUCUGGCAGCAUCUGCGAAGAUAAAAAAGUCAGGUUUGGGUCCAGUGAACCUUCCUGAACAUUCUGAGGAAGGGUCAUCGGACCUGAAACGUUAACUCUGAUCUUUUUCGUCUGUUUCCACACUGAAGAGUUUCUAUGAUCUAAUGCAUGUUGCCAGACUUGCCAAAUUUUAAAAUGUCCACAUAAUUACUGUUUCUUGACAAAUAGCACCAUCAUCUGGCCAAAUUUGGAAUCACACAGAUUGAAAACUGCUUGGGAAAACCCCAAUUUUUUGAUAAUGCACAAUGUUAUGGAGACAAUGUUUAGCUGAACAACUUCAGUCCAUUAGACAUGGAGUUACAGAACAACAAGAGGCUAUUUGGCCUCUGCUUAUAUUCGGCAAGAGCAAUUCACUGAGUGCCACUUCCCUUCCUUUCAUAUAGCUGUGCAAAUGGUUCCUCUUCAGAUUCCAAUCCUGUGGUCCCAAAUUGGACAGAAACAAUUGAUAAUGAUGUGGCUACUCUCACUACACCUGGUCCAGUUUUGGUUUCUUUAUUUGUUAUUUUGCCAUGUCGUUUUGCUUGGCAGCAUCAUUUUGUUUUUCUCCAACUUAAUCUCCCUGCUUUUCCAACCUGUCAGAGAACUUCUCUUCUUGUUCUUUCCUCCCCUUCAUCCUUUCUCUGUGUUUGUUUAAAAUCAUCUAUCUUUCUCACAGUGAGUUUUCAACCUGAAAUGUUAACUUUGUUUCUUGCCUUGCUGAUGCUGAACAUUGUGUAUGAGUCUGAAAGGGUUAAUACCAAAGAGCAUUAAUACUGAAGCACUACCCACCCAGUCAUGUGGACUCUACCAUCUGGUCCCCCUCAAAGUUAGUAGCUAUGUCUACCAUAUCUAGUGUAACUAGUGGCUAAGAUGCAUUAAAGUAUGUCUUGUUAAGUAUAAGAGUUUCUUCUUAUUAGUCCAGGAAGUGGUUUCUUUCUAUCGUGUUAGAUUAUACAGGUGUCUAACUUCCUUCACCAGGAGGAUAAUAUAAGCAACAACUCAUACAGUUUAGAGAGCUGCCCCUACUCUGCCCAUACAACACCUGAGUGUUUCCAAUAUUGUUUCUUUUUCAAAUUGCUAGCAAUAACCAUUUUUGCUUUUAGAUACUGGAUCUAAAGAUAUUCCAUUAUAGGGUAGGUUUUCUUGGGCAGUGGGGGAGGUUCACUUGGUGAAAUAUGUAACUUUCCUGUGAUUGCAGUCAUUCUCCGUGAUUUCCCUGAUCUCUUCAUUUCAGUGCUUUGUUGUCUUAAUUCCAAGACAAUCAAUGAUUGUUGACGACUGUUGCCAGGGAUCUUUCAGAACAACAAACACUAAACUCUGGUUAGGGUAUAAAUCUCCUGUGGGGCGCAGCUUCAUCUCUGAUGUCUCAGGUUCACAGGUUUCAAUGUAGCGCCUGUCAUCCUUCAGGCAAUGCGAGCGACUGAAAUGAAACCCCAAUAGGACAGAAGAAAUUUGAAGGAAACAUGUCCAUGCCCUAACACACAGAAUGGCACCUUCUCAGCACAGAAUGAAAGCAGAUAACUUGAGAAAUGCUCAGCAGGCCUGAUGCCACUUGUGGAGAGAGACAGAGAGGCAGAGGAAACAUUUCAGGUCGAUGUCUUCCUUAUCUAAACUGGGCAAAAGUCACAUCAUAAGCAAACAUGUAGGUUGGAGGAUAGAAGGUUGGCAAAAGAAUGGGAAGGACUUAGGAGAGAGUACAGAAAUAUGAAAAGAUGAGGUGAAGAUAAUGGAUAGAAAUCAAAGAUGUUCAGAGGAGGUGUAAAUUAUAGAUGAUAGAAGGGACAGCGGCAAGUUUGGGGAAUCUGAUAGGGAUGGCAAAACUACAUUGACCUAAUCAAGGCCUCAUUUUGAAAUGUCAGUCUAGACAAUUUGCUAGAACUGUAAAGGCUGAUUUCACUUUAUAUAAAUUGAAUGUAAACAGGUGUUUUAAAGUAUGUGAUUUU